CUAAACGAAUAGAUGUUGAGCUAAACACGGAAUAAUUUUAAAGUAAAAAUCACACCAAAGAAGUUUUAAAUUAAAACGGAAUUUUGUAAAAAGAAAUAUAAAACAAAGAUCAAUUAGUAUAUUUAAAUAGUGUAAAAAAAUGCAUAAGAAAUAAAAAAGGUUGAAAAUUAAGUAUCUGGAAAUAUCUUAAAAGCCUUAAACAAAUAUUGUAAAUAAAUAUUUUCAUUAAAUAACAAAUUUACAAUAAUAUUGCAAAAAGUGUUGUUAAAAAUUUUCAAUAAUAUAAAAAAUCUUUAGAGUUUAACUAUAUUACAAAAAAGUUAUUUGUGUUGAAAUAAUAUUUAAUGCUUGAAAAUAAAAUCAUUUAAAGAAAAUGUUGAAAAUUUGUUACUACGAAUAUUGCCAAACUUUUGUAAAACCAUCUACCCAAACAUGAUGGUCAAGUCAACAGCAACAUCAUCAUCAUUAUCAACUUCAACGGCCAUAAACAGCCAGGGUCUUCAGCACAAAAUUUAACAACAACAAAAGCAGCAACAUCAUAAAAAUAACAUCAACUAGAAACAAACAAAUAAACAAACAAAAUACCAAAAGUUAUUUUCUCUCUAGUAAAACUGCUGCCCACAAAUCAUAAACUUUAUGAUUUGUUAUCCCAAAGACUGCAUCAAUAUUUAUACUUUCAAAGGACUACCAAUAAUUUAACAAUUUUAUUUAAAAAUCCGUUUUUUUUUUUUUGCUAAGAAAAAAAGACAAAGAAUAAAAAGAAACACAUCAUUAUUUGUGUGAAUAUAUACAGACAGACAAUUCAAUUGACAAUUUGGUUUAAAUAAAUCUAAAUAAAAAGCCAUAAAAGAAAUAACCACAGAAAAAUAAGCUAUUUUAUAUAUACAAACAUCAAUACAAAAAGUAUACAUUUAAACGGAAGCGGAAAUUGUAAAAUAAAAAAAUAAAUUGUACCAAAAACACACUAAGAGCCAUAUAACUAAAAAGAGAAUUGAAAAAAGAAAACUUAUAAGGAAGCCAAACUACCUAAACCCAACAAACAUUUACAGUUAUAAAUACCCCUUAACAACUACUGCCACUUCCGUUUGUUUGUCUUCGUUUUAUUUUAGUUUUUUAUUAUUUUGUAAUAUUUCUUUCGUUACUUGCUCUUUUUGUUUUGUUUCCUCUUACAAAUAUAAACACAACAUCGACAAGUUCAAUAUGACUUCUACGAUAACCUUUGCUACACCUCUCGAACAUAAACAGCAGGAACAGAACAUACCAUACUGUAAACGAAGAGGAGAUGAUGGUGGCCGAGGAAGCUUUAGAAUAAAGAAAUGUCCACAGCAUUUGUUAACAUACAGUGUUAUAUCAAUAUUUUUCUUCUUAUGUUGGCUGCCUGAUUUCAUUGUAGCACUCAAGGAUGUUUCGGUAACGAUACCACAAGCUGUAAAACGUGGUAGUAAUGCAAUGCUAACAUGUAAUUACGAUAUGGAAAAUGAUACUUUAUAUUCUGUGAAAUGGUACAAAGGACGACGUGAAUUUUAUCGUUAUACACCAAAGGAAAAUCCGGCAAUGAAAGUUUUUCCUAGCCAAAGUGGUCUAAAUGUAGAGCGCAAUCUUUCAAAUCAAAGUCAUGUCGUUUUAUUAGCCGUACCUCUGAAUAUAUCAGGCAAAUUCACUUGUGAAAUAUCCGUUGAGGCACCUUCAUUUCAAACAGCAAUGGUAUCCGGUGAAAUGGAAGUUGUAGAAUUACCCGAAGAGCAGGCUACCGUAACGGGCAUACAGCCACGUUAUCGUAUCGGUGAUUUGGUUGACGGCAAUUGCUCAAUUAAAUACUCUAAACCAGCUGCUAAUUUGACAUGGACUAUUAAUGGCAUAGUGGUACCUCCCCACCAUAUUAAAACCUAUCAAAUUGAAAAGUAUGAGGAAACCAAUUUGGAAUCUGUAAUGAGUGCUGUUCAUUUUAUGGUGACCACACAGCAUUUUAUUAAGGGACAAAUGAGACUUAAAUGUACCGCUAGUAUUUUUGAUAUUUUCAAAGAAGAAAUUGAAAGUAUUAUCGAAGAAGAUCGACCACGCAUUAUGGCCUCCGGCCAAUCCUAUCCUCCUGAUCAUGGUUAUGGUUCACAUGCUGACAGUGAUGGCUAUGAGCAUAAUGAGUCAUAUUUGACAUAUUUUUCUGCUCCUAAAUCUUCAGCUUCUCCAACUGCCGAUUUUAUGUUAAAUAACUUACUUAAAAUUUUUAAAUACAAAACAUUAGACAUCUUGCAACAGUUGAACUUAUUAGUCGAUAACAUAACUCAAAAUGAUUUAACCACGACAGUUGUCAAUAAAAUGAAAAAUAGUUUGGACAGCAUCAGUCACAUUAAUGUUUUAUUUUUAAUGCUAAUAAAAUUAAUAUUGGUUUUUAUCAUAUUAUUGGUGGUGUUGCUUUUUCAAAUACAGCAAAAAAACUACUUAAGGAAAUGUCUUCAAAAGAAAAUGACAGAAAACAGGAAAAUGGUAGAUAAUUGCAUUGAAGUGGUGAUAAAAAUAAAAGAGAAUAUUUUUGCAAAGAAUUUAUGGCCUUAUACAUGUUACAUUGAAGAAAAAGAACAGCGACAAGAAAAUGAAAAUUGUUAUCAAGAUGCCAAUAAUGAUGACUGUCAGGCCAAAUGUGGACAACGCCAACAACAACAAAACGAACACUGUUUAGUAUCAAAUCAAAAUGUCAUCAACGAAGAGAACUCUCCAAAAGAAACAAAUAUUACUACAAAACAGUGGAGUUUAAAAAACAACACUAUUAUUACUGCUGCAUUAACAACCAUUGAUGGCCAACAGCAGAUGUCACAAACACUUGCUUUCGAUACACUAUUCUCCACCAAUGCAGCUACUUUUCCACCUACGGCAUUUACCUCUUCAUCAUCAUGUUCAUUGGCAUCAACAUCAUUAUCGUCAUCAUUAUCAUUGUCAACAACUUUGGGUUAUAGCAAAACACAUACACAUGAUAGUUUUCCAUUAUAUACUGUAAAUGCAUCUAAAAGCAAUAACGCCAAGUAUAUGUCAAUGGAUCAAACAUUAUUGAUGACUUCUACUGCGAAUGCAGCUGUAACGGCCAUUGUAGUUGUUGCCACUUUAAAUUCAACUUAUGAAACGCCAAGUGCUUUUGCACCCUCAACAGCAACAGCACCAUCAGUGAGAGCAUUAGUUUUAGAGUCAGACUUAUUACAAACAUCUGUGCUACCCCUGCUGGUAAUAGUAGAAGAAACAUCAAUACCAUCAUCAUUAUCAUCGUCGUCAUCGUCAAACUCAUUCUCAUCACUAUCGCCAACAUUUUCCCGGAAUAACUAUUUAAUGGCGUUUAUUGGCGAAUUGUUAUUGCAUCAAUGCUGAUGUUAAAAUGAUGAUGAAUGAUAUUAUUUUCCUUUGCUCGACUCUCGUCAAUCUUUGACAACAACAAAAUAAGCUUAACAACGUUGAAUGAAAAAUAUAUAAAUUUUUCUUUUAUUAUUUUAUGAAAUAUACAGUUAUUUUUCUUAAUAAUAUAUUAUAUUUUUUAAUAUUAAUUCUCUAACUGCAUUAUGUCAAAGAAAUAGUGGAAGUAUUUAUUGAUAAGCUACACUACUGCAACUGCUCUUGGAGCACAAAGUGUAAAAGUGAACUAACUAACUGCACAGGAGUAAUUGACAAGCUGUGAGAAGAGUAAAAGUGAAAUGACAAAUUCGCUAGAAAAUUACAAAGUGUUGUACGUUUAGGUUUUAAGUGUUAAAUGUUAUAAUUUUUUGUAAGAAUUAAAUAAAAAAAAUACAACUGCAUUAAAACAAGUUUAAUUUAUGUUAUGACUGUUACAAACAAAAUAAGUAAAAAACACAUAAAAAU